AUGCUGCUUGUUUUGCUGGCAAUCUUCUUCGAAUUCAACGCAGGUCAGUUGCAGUCUGGUUACGAAGAACAGUUGAUCACCAGUGAAAUCAGUAACAAAGCAAAUGCUCACGAGUUCGCCCAUGAAGCAAGUCUCGGUACUGUCGGGUCUGCAGAUAUAAUCAAUGUAGCAGCAACUGCUCCAAAAAUCCGAUACGGUAUGUCACAUGAGACCAUGCAGCUCAAACCAGUGAUAACAAGUGGAUCUAUCCAAACCAUCACCCAUAAUACCCGCACAAUACCAAUUGUACUAGAAAAAACAGUCCAAGCUGGCGAGUCUACAAAUGUGUUCGACAUUGCUCCAUCACCUUCAAAGAUCCAACUCGAUAUAGCACACGAAACCGUAAACCUCAAGCCAAGAAUAUCAAAAGUAUUUUACCGCACUUCAAGUGGAAUUACCAAGGAAGCAAACCAGGAUAUUGCAAGUAGUGCGAGCGUGCGUGGACUCAGCCAGGAUGGGUCGCUGAAUGUCAUCAGCGCUGCUGCACCUUUUCGAAAAUUUCAACUUAAUAUGGGGCACGAAACCGUAGAAGUUAAGCCAAAGACAACAAAUGUAUUCUCCCACGCUUUCAGUAAUUCCCAAGAGGAAAAUCAGCGAAUUGUAGGUACAACACGCGUCCAAGGGAUUAAUGAAGCACAUCUUUACGCCGGAGAUUCGACGAACCUGAUCAAAAUUGCGGCACCACCUCCAAAGAUCCAGCUCGAUAUAAAUCACGAAACCAUGAAUGUUAAGCCAAUGAUAUCAAAUGUAGUCUCUAAAAGUGUCGAUGAAAUCACCCAAGAAGCAAAUAAAGAUAUUGCAAGAACGAGCGUUGGUGGAAUCAAUCCUGAAGAGUUGAUGAAUGUGGUCAAAGUAGUGGCGCCACCUCCAAAGAUC